CUGCGACAGAUCCGGUAGUGGUAUAUGGUCAGGAAGUAUUACUUACCAUACGCAUGCCCUAUAUGCCUAGCAGGGUCUACACCAGCUUCUCAGUAGGCAGCUGCGCUGAUGGUCAAGCUAUUAACUCUAUCACAGUAGUAACUCCCCCCACUGGGUGUGUCGAUGCCUUCACUUUUGCUAUAGACAUGACUGAAAUUGCAAAGACUUGUGGCUGGAUUAUCACGUCGGGUGAGAUUGAUGGCAAAGUCUAUGAUGGAUACCAUGGGGCGCUGAAGCUCGUCUAUAAUGAAGACCUAAAUUUACAUGGAACUGCCUUUCCGAGGUUAGGUGAAGUAGUUAUCCCUGCUGAAUUUUUAUUGCAGACCAGUUAUUCGAUUAGUGCUACAAAUGUUGAUGUAAAUAGUGCUUUCGAUCUAAAAGCCGCUUUAGUGGGACAAAUCAUGCAACCUGAGUCGGGAUACACGGAAAUCCAGGUCGCUACCGCUGUAUCUUGGCCGUAUCAAAUCGAUGGUGUCGAAGGCGCGGUCACAAUUGGCGGUGCUGCGGUUCCUGCUGGGAUAACAGCCUCUGUUUUAGAUGUGUCGGAAGGUACUCCAGUAUCCACAUUGUAUAACACUGACUGUGUUGGACCUGCCAAUGCGAACGAUUACACGGACAACAAUGUAUGCACACGAAUAUCAUAUAUUCGUAUCUCCCACAAUACUGCUUGUGCAUUGGAUGGCACAUACACACUGUCUGCGAUUACUAUUAGCUGUGCGCCCGAACUUUCGGCAGCAGAUUGUCCCAUAGAAACACCCGAUACUACCAGCACCACCACAAUUACAUUGGACUCAGAGCACUUUUGUACUGGAAGCGAAUCCGCCAGUUUCAUCGCAGGGGCCAUAACUAUUGAUCGCUUCAUACCAGUCGACGCUGCCGAUCUGAAGCGUGGCGUAAACGAUGACCCCAUGCACAGUAUGGUAUACAACGAGGCACUGUUUCUUCGGCUAGAUUUGACCGGUCUGCAGGUCUUCGAUGCUAUCAUCAGCUACAUCGCAGUUGAUGUGGAUGAUACAGGGACGCCAGUACCACCAGGUAUCCCUUUUACCAUUACAGGACCCCUAGGAUCAUUUGGGAGCACUUCGGCACCCACUGGAUUGGCACUUGGAUGGGAUGUGACAGAUCAGAGUUUUCUUAUGUACCACAAUGUGGAUUCGGGAUUGCAUACAGCGUUCACCUCGCAACCAACCUCAGCUGCACGGGUGUCUGUGGGCAUUAUCCUGAAUUUGGUGUUCGAUUUUGGAAGCAGGCGCAGAACAGCUCGCACUAAGUUGCACCAUAUAUACCAUACCCGAAGUAGCAAUAAGAUUGAAGGGGGGAUAAGGGCUAUGUCCUCAUUUGGGAUCAAGAAUGAAGAGCAGGUUGUGGCCCAGGCAAACGCCAACAGUACAACGUCUGAAAACUCGGCUGCACGAGGAGAUGCCACUUUGUCCACACAAGUUCCUUUAUAUUGUGCAGGUCUGAUUCUCAUACUCCAGCGGGUAGUGUAUUGAACUGUCAAUCCUGUGGUUUAUGAAUACUAUUGACACCCAUUUUCGAGCUUUUGUGGGCAGGUAGGGCAUACGAAGUGUGUGCCCACGAGCUACC